AUGAAGGAUCUUACCGAUGCACUCGUAGGAGGAAGUGGAUGGCUUCAGAAUCCAGAGACAGUCAUUCGCAAACGAGUCGAGAAACACCUCGACGAAGAGGCGAACCUCGACGAAGAGGCGAACCUCGACGAAGAGGCGAACCUCGACUACGAAGAUGACGAUGAAGAUGAUGAUGGCGACGAAGGCGGCGAAGGGGAAAGAUGUUCGACAAACGACUCCGACGGCGAAUUUGAUCUGGACCUCGACUCUGAAAGUGAGUUUUCGGAUAGCGACUCCGACCCUGGUGUUUGCCAGGACGCAGCCGUUCAGUGGCUUGAUGCAUUGCAUCCUGUCGUUAGUCCCGGGCCUCAGACCCGAGAUCACUCUCAAGCUACACCAACAGUAUGCGGUAUCAAAGGCGCUGUGGUCAAUGAAGUUUAUCUUCAAAGGCAUGAUCAUCGUAGACCCCCCGGGCUCGGCAAAACUCUCUCGGCGCUUUCCAUUAUAGCCAUGAAGUCUGCUCUUGGACAAGGGACAUGUGUGCUCGUCGCCCCGUUGUCCUGUUGUCGCCAGUGGAUGGCUGAGAUCCAGAAGUACUUCGAAGACGACUUCCUCCCAGCUCUCCUGCUUACUGGUGAGCAGGUAUCCCCGGCCCAGCUUUAUAAAUAUAAGGUUAUCAUCACUUCAUACCACCAAGUGUCAGCAGAACUUGGUCGCAUUCAGAACUACUACUCUCUGCUCAAAGCUGCUCGCUCAGAAUCAAUCCAACCCAGCGACUAUCCCGCACGACCAAACCUUUGUCUCUUAUCCGGUAUCUUUGAGUUACCAGAGACCAAGCCUCUUGGUCCAGUUCUGAUACUAAACGAGGUCCAUGCCAUCAAAAACAUGCACAGCCGACCAUACAGAGCUAUAUUCAACCUCCGAGGUAGGUUUGAAAGUUGUAUCAUGAUGUCUGGGACACCGAUCGACAACACUUGGCUUGACAGCUUUGCGCUGCUGUCUCUCCUCCGUGGACACCAGAUCCAUACUCUUGGGGCCAUGCGGGCUGUAUUCGCAAACGAUGGACCACACCAGACAAAUGACGUGCCUACGGGCCGUUUCAUGACAAGACUCAUACAAUUAUUGGACGCUGCCACGGUUCGUCGGCCUGCCAACAAUCAGCUCCUACCACUACCACGCAUUCACAGGAUCGACAUACCUUGGGAAUUCGGAGUGGAAUCUGACCCAGAUUUUCAGAAAGCGGAAGAAUGCAUGCACAACUAG